AUGCAUCAAAAUUAUAAUCGCAACACCAACAAAACAGCCACCUUCAUGGAUCCUCUCUCUUUCGACGAAGCUGUCAUUGUCGUAUUACAUGCGUAUGAUUGUACAACCAUGAAAGGUCAUAUGCACGGACUGCACCAGCGAUUGCUGAGAAAUUAUGACUUAAUCUGGAAUCAAGUCGAACUUCGGACAACAAUGGCCAUAUCAAGCACGUUUCAGGCCGUCUUUCACGUCAGCCUAAAUUGGACUGGACUCCGGAUAGGACUCGAAUCAUGGAUGCAAGAAGUUGAUUUCAGCCUGAAUUUAAUAUUCACGCUCGAGUACCUUGUCCAUGCGUACGCAGCAUUUGAUCGACUCGAGUAUAUCCUUAGUUUUUUUCCAAUCGUAGAAUUUGCGGUGGUGUUGCCAUCAUGGUUUGAUCUCAUAUCGACGCACACGCCCAGCAUCGGCUAUGCCGAUACAUUGCCUUAUGUGUCUCGAUUGUUGCGCCCUCUACGCUUUAUCCGAAUUUUCCGACUUGUCCAAUUCGCAACUUCGUCCCUCCAGCAACAAGCAUGGGCAGCAAUGCUCACGAUAGUAUCGAUCGUCUUUACGACAGCUGGAGUGGUGCAAGCUACGGAGGCUUGUCUAGAACACUGUGACGACGAGGCCCGCGUGUGCAGAUGCCGAGACUUAUCCUUUCCAAAUUUACUCUACUUUGUGGUUGUCAGUAUCUCAACUCUGGGCUACGGUGAUAUCUCUCCCGUUUCAAUAAGUGGCAAAUUCGUCAUCGCCUUCGUCAUUCUCUUUACUUUCAUUGUUGUGCCGAUCCAAGUGAACCGCAUUCAAGCAACAAUCACAUCGCAUACUGACUAUUCGUCUGCGUACUCGGCGGCCAAGUUGCACCCUCACGUCAUUCUUACCGGAUUUGUCAAUGCUGACUCGCUCUCAGUAUUUUUUGGAGAGUUUUUUCAUCCUAGCAAUCUCAAUUGGAAUGAACGAGUAGUAAUUUUAAACGCUGCCCCCCCUACACCCGAAAUUAACAAGGUUUUGCACGCGUACGAUAGUAAAGCUCAGUAUAUCGUGGGCUCUCCGAUGCUGGAUGAGGAUCUUACUCGAGCUGUUCUGUCCGAUGUUAGCGCUUGCUACGUUCUUGUGAAUCGGCAGUCUUCCCGUCCACAGUACGCUGACCAAUGUUGUGCCCUUAUCACAAUUGCAUUGCGUCGUGGAAACCCCACAUGCCCAAUCUACGCACAAAUCAUCAAUUCGCGUAAUGCAGCCACAUUGCUCAAAAUGGGUGCGAGUGACGUCGUCGUUGUAGGAAUGCUGAAAUUCUCGAUUUUAGGAAGAAGCUGUCAGGUAAAUGGACUUCCAACGUUACUGCUGAAUCUGCUUGCGCAAUGCAACAGCGAUCUCGAUAGCCAUCACUCAUCUCCACAAUGGCAACGCCAUUAUCUUCACGGCUACAUGCACGGUAUUUUUUUACUAGACAUUCCGCGAACCUUUUCAAGCUUGACAUUUGGUGAUCUUAUUCGCUUCCUUUACGACAAGGCAUCCAUCAUUCCAUUAGCGAUGCUCACAGACGACGGAGUGCGCUUUAUUGAUAUGGACUUCAAACUUGGUGCCACGGCGGAUCCAAACCUCUGUUGCAAGGUAUACGUUAUCGCUAAGGGCCUCAGCGCCGUCGAAGGUGUUGUAAAAAUCCCACCCGAGCAAAUUUUAUCGUAUCGGAAAGGUGUGCGUCGCAAAGGCAAGUCAAGUUCGAGCAGCAAUUUGAUGGAGAUGAAGAAAAUUAAACCUGCACUUGGGGAUGAAAUUGAACAGAUCCGCGAAAGUAUCAUCAAUAUGUACAGUGUGGCUGAAGAUUAUGACGUCGAAGCUGCGAUGGGUUUGGCUGACAGCGAAGCGUAUGGGUACAGUGGGCAUUCUCAUGGUCGCUUGAUGGGCGAAAUGUCGGAGUAUGAACGCUUUGCAUCUUUAGGUGCGCCGGAAGAUAUCACCAAUCAUAUUGUAGUGUGUGGUUUUCCAUCCGAUACAUAUCACUUCAUCAUCACAAUUCGAGAGGCACCCGUGCCCGACGACGACAACAGUCCGUCGCCAGCGAUCGUUUUUCUAGCAGCCGAUUGCUUGAAUGAACGUGAAUUUGAACGCCUUCGUGGCUUUAGUGACGUGUAUUUUGUUCAAGGCUCUCCUGUCAACUUUGCUGAUCUCAAAAAGACAAACAUCCGCUCAGCAAUUUCCGUCCUCAUUCUUACUCAAGCUUCUGAAGCACAGUACUCUGACCCAAAUAUGGUGGAUGCUGACGCUAUUACCAUUGUACGAUACAUCGUAGAAAUAAGUCAGCGCACACGAAUGCCAAAUCUCGUGGUCGAAUUGGACAAGUCAUCAAAUGUGAAGUUAUUGAGCUCUCAAGCUAACGAACGUCGCACAACUUCCGCCUACGGUAUGCCUGCACCGGUGAAUCGCAAUGUAUCGUACCUUUCCACGCGUCGUGAGAGUGUAAAUUCAGUAUUAUCACGACGUGACUCGUUUUGGACUUCUCUUGAUGAAGGUGACGGGAAUACUGACGCCUCAUUUUUGCUGGAAGAAUUUAUUGCUUCUGGACGCGUCUUUAUGAAUUCAAUGCUUGAUUCGCUGAUGAGCGAAUGCUAUCGAAAACCGUGGAUCACCCAGUUUCUUCACUUACUCAUAAAUGGCUCUACUAACGACCUUGAAGAGCGCCGGCUUUUUCAGAUCGAAGCGCCGAACAAGUUAAUUGCACGGACUUACGGCGAAUGUUUUCGCUUAUUUCUUGAUAUGGCGAGUUGCACCAUCAUCGGGUUGUGGCGUCCAGAGCGUGGUGUAGCACUUCCGCAUCCAUGUGUCUUUACAAACCCUCCAACAGAUCUCCAGAUCGAGGUUGGUGAUCUUUUCUUUGUAGUAGGAAAGCCAUUUGCCUUCACCUCAAGCCCGAAUAUUUUCACGUCCUGA